CGCGGCGCACCCAGCGGAAGUGGCCGUGUUGUGACGGAAGGAGAUGCUUUGUGGAAGCUGCCGGCGCUGAAGAAACGUGGCCGGCGAAGAUGAUUCAAGCGAUUCUGGUUUUCAACAACCACGGGAAGCCGCGGCUGGUCCGCUUCUACCAGCGUUUCCCAGAAGAAAUUCAACAGCAGAUUGUUCGAGAGACCUUCCAUCUAGUUCUCAAGCGAGAUGACAACAUCUGUAACUUCUUGGAAGGUGGAAGUUUGAUCGGUGGCUCCGACUACAAGCUGAUCUACCGGCACUAUGCCACACUCUACUUCGUGUUCUGUGUGGAUUCAUCAGAGAGCGAACUUGGAAUCUUGGACCUCAUCCAGGUUUUUGUGGAGACCCUGGAUAAGUGUUUUGAAAAUGUUUGUGAAUUGGAUUUGAUCUUCCAUAUGGAUAAGGUGCACUACAUCCUUCAGGAGGUGGUGAUGGGUGGGAUGGUGUUGGAAACCAACAUGAAUGAAAUCGUCGCUCAGAUCGAAGCUCAAAACAGGCUGGAGAAAUCCGAGGGUGGCCUUUCAGCAGCUCCUGCCCGGGCCGUGUCUGCUGUGAAAAACAUCAAUCUACCGGAGAUUCCUCGGAACAUCAACAUUGGUGAUCUCAACAUCAAAGUCCCCAACCUGUCCCAGUUUGUCUGAGGGUCCAUGGCUACUGAACUGCAGUCCUUGAAGCAAGCCAAGCCAGUCCUGCCACAGAGCCCACUCUGAGCCUUAGAAGGGUCAGGCCCCAGGGUCCUGCCCCCUGCUGCUGUUGGGGUGCUGGUGGAGUUAGGGGUGGGGGGUGUCUCAGGUUCAUGGCUAGCAUUGGCUUGGUUUUCACAUAUGCCACCUGCCGGCCUGUGAUACAUGUGGCCACUGCAGAUGUGGGAGGACCCUGGCUUCCUCUGUGGGGAUCUGCGUGCCCAACCACUCAUACCUUUACUUCCCGCAUGUAGCCAGUUCAAGGGACCAGGCGCUGUCUGGGGGCCCAUCUGCUUCCUAGAACCCACCACUAGGACAUUCUCUGCCUAGAGUCUUCAUCCUUAGCACCGUCAGGCUUCAGAGGUCCUGUGGCAUUCACUCUUGCUGAUGAGGUGCCGAAGCUAGAACAGGGCCAAACCCUCAGUUAGGAUAUGUGGUCAGUGGCAAACAAGGGCCGAGUUUGAUGAGAACCAGAGUUGCCCUCAGCUCUGUUAGGGUUUUCAUGCCCAGAGACCUUUUUAUAGGCAAGUUUCCUGGUUCCCACCGCCUUCAGAAUAUGUUUCCCUCACUGCCACAGUCCUAGCGCUGUUUGCACAGGACGCAACCCAGAUCAUGAACCUGGUGCAUGCUAGUAGGGAGAGCACCCCCUUCCCCAUGGCUGUUGCUCCAGCACAGCCACAAGGCCCUUCACCAAAGUGGGGAGCCCCCACGUCUGUGGAAGGCAAAGCUGACAAUGUGUGGAAUAUCUCAGAUGUCUGACUCUUUCCAGGUUUAAAUACAUUCUUCUCAUGAGGAACAGACAGAUCAGUUGCUGUGUUGUAAGUGAUGAGUUUCUCCAUACAGGAAAGCCACUGCCUUCUGCGCCUGCUUGUGGAGCAGGAGAGCCUGAGCUGGGAUUACUCUCUUUCUAGAACUGGCACGGGGAAGGUUGGGGCCACGGGAAGUGUGCUAGCUGAGCCUGGUGGGAGCGCAGCAUCUUCUCCCUCGUGUGGGAGGAGCCCCUCCCUGAUCUCUGCCUCUGGGCCUGCGCUGUGCCCCCCCCAGGUGACAUCCUCCCAUGGAAAGGCGUACAUUUUCACAUGUCAUGAGUCUUUAUUUCUGUGGUUAACUUAGAGCUCAGACUGCACCUUAGAGUAAUGCCUCUUCCUGCACUGCCUUGGGGGCCAGGACUCAGGACCUUAGGGAGCUCACUGCAUUGUCACGGCACAAUCUCCCAGCCUGGGGGUUUCUCGUGCCUGUGGGCGGGGGCCCAGACUGUUCGCCUGUCUCCUGCUGCUGCUCCUGCUGCUGCUGCUGCUGCAGAGCCCGUCUUAGAUAGGACCGCCAUGCUCUGUGCUUAGUGCCCAGUGUUCCCCAAGCCUCUUCUUUUCACCCUUUCAGGCCUUACCUGACCGCCUCGGAGACAGGGGUGGUGAUCAGAAGGUUGGCCCUCUUCUGUCCGAAGGAGAUGGAGGUUAUUUGAUGUCACCGCUGAUGGCAUUCUUUGAAGGCUUAAUUUUUUUAAAUGGGCAUUUCAGGAUAUUCACAUCCCUCUCUCACAUUUGCUGAAUGUGGAAUAAGAAAGGACGAAAAAGACUGGUGUUUACUUUACACAUACUGUAAGGUGGUGUGAGCGAGAUCCUUCCACAGUCCUUACAAGAGACAUUAUUGGCUCCGUUUUGCAGGUGAAGAGAAUAAGACUCAGGUCAAGUAACCUGCUUUUGGUCACACAGGGCUAAGAAUUGAGACUCUGCUUGCCUAAAUCCGAAGUCCAUUUUCUUCACUGUUCAAUGGCUUUUCCAGAUUUAAUCCUCUUUGUUAUACAUAAGGAAGCAGAGCCUGGUUUGCUCACAGGGCCAGUGACAGUGUCAUAGAGGGCAAGCACUGGAGACCCCAUAUGUGCUCUGUUGUGCUGAUGAGGGAACAGUAGACCAGAGUAUUAAGUGUUGUAUUGAGAGUCACAAAGCUAGAACCUAGUCAUUUUUCUUGAGUUUCUUUCUUCGUUUUGUGGUUUCAUAUAUUACUUCAGGACAGUUGGAUGUCCUGCAUUUCCCGGGACAAUCUUCCAAUGUUCUUAGCUGCCAGAGACCAUUGGUUUCUGCUCUGUUCCCACAGACUACUGACGGGUCCCAUAGACCCCCCCCCAGCAAGUCAGCAUCCCAGUCCCCUCCCAGACAGCCUCUAAAAGUAGCCUAAAACUUCAGCUUGUUGUUUUAUUGGAAAGCUCCAUCCCUUUGGACAAACCACAGUAAUUGUUCAUUAAGUACUUGAGGUUGCCUGCAAAUCCAGCUAGACCUAUUGCUUGCUACCAGCAAAACCAUAAAUUUCUUUUUUUUUUUAAUUAAAAGGAAAUUGUAUGCUUUUUUUGAAGAAGGAUACAGAUUCUGCUGCUUGAGAGAUGUGAGUUUUGAAAAUAGGGACUGGGUCUAGAUUUGGGAGUUCCUGGCCCUACACAGUUUACACUGAGGGUUUCCUGAAGUGGACAGAGUACUGGGUUUCCAGUGCUCACUGCCCCUAAUUAAAAUCUGAAAUUCUUCUGUUACGCAGUUUCUAAGUGCCUGGUGCAUGUUAGACUCAGCUUCUUGAUCUUGUCUCUGCUGAGGAGCUCUGAGUGCCCACGUUGAGUGACUAGCAGUCUGAAUUUGUAGUGACUCGAAUUGGUGGCUGUGUUAUAUGGGAUAUUUAAAGGACAAAAACCCAUUUCCUACCGCCAGCAGCCCCCAUCAUGCCCUUCUGGCCAUGCUCUAACCAGCCUGUCUUAGUUCAAGCUGCUGUAACAGAAAGACCGUAGACUGGGUGGUUGAACAAACAUCCCUCACAGUUCUGCAGUCCAGUCAAGGUCAGGAUACCAACAGAUUUCAUGUCCAGUGGAGGACCUGCUUCCCGUUUCAGAGACUGCCAUCUUCUUGCUAUGUCCUCACAUGGCAGAGAGAGAAGGCUCUGUGUUCUUCUUCCCCUUUAUAAGGGUGCCAGUCCCAUUAUGGGGCUCCACCCCAUGACCUCAUCCAAAUCUAAUGACCUCCCAAAGCCCCCCCUAAAUACCUUCACUUAUGGGGAUUAGACUUCCAUAUCGGAAUCUGGGGGACACAGACAUUAAUCCAUAAGGACAUCUAGCUACUUACCUUUCCUCUUGGCCUGGUCACAGCCCUUGCUUGUUACAUUGAGGGUUAAGUUGGGAUUUCUUGAGUCUUCUCAGUCCCUGUUACUCAGGCCUCUGCCACUUACAGAGCCAGCCCUUCCCCUCCACCCCCCUUCCAUGCAGCCACCCUAGCAAAGUGCUCUCUGGCCCCAGCCCCACCAGAGAGCCAGGGGAGCAUGCCGGCUAAAUCCUGUCUCAUGGACCAGCCUUUUAUUUUUAUUUUUUCCAGGAUUGAUUUAUUUACUUGAGACAGAGAGCGCAUAAGCUGGGGGAGGGGCAGAGGGAGAGAGAGAGAAGCAGACUCCUGGCCCAGUGGGGAGCCCACCGUGGAGCUUGAUCCCACAACCCCAGGAUCACAACCCAAGCCAAAACCAAGAGUCGAACCCUCAACCGAGGGUUCAGCCUGGGUUGACACCCAGGCACCCCUGGACCAGUCCGUAAGAGGGGGGUUUCCUUAGUGUAGCCAUCUGUCUGCGGCUUCCCAAAUAGGAUGCAUCAGUGGUGCCUGAAGAUAAAAAUCGGAGUGAACGUGAUAGCCAGGAUGGAGAGCCGCUUCGGUACGAGAGAGACCCAGAGGCAUUGUCGGCUCCAGCGGACGCCUGCUCUUCAGCUUCCCACGCCUUCUGCCCCUGCCUCCCAGGGGUGCCUGUCUCACUGUGCACGUGGUUCAUCGAGUGCCCACACUCCCCUGUGUGCCACCUGGCUGUGCUUACGAGCUGCCAAGUGGCUGUUCCCCUGCUUGAGACUUUGCCCUCUGAGCAGCAUGGGAGGGCUCCCAUCUGUUGUCUGGCAGACAGUCAGCAGAUAGCAGACAGACCCCCUUUAAGAAAAUAGUUCCAUGGAAAUGAUUAAUCUUUUCUAAAAGGCACAUUCUUUCCUAUUUCAGUGAAUUAAUGUUCUAAAAAGGAAACAUACUCAUGUAGUUCAAAAUUUAAGACUAACAGAAGGCUGUUCAGCCAGAUUGCCACCCUGUUCCCACAAACCACGAAGCCCCUAUCUCUGAUAGCAACAAGUGUUUCCAAUUCGAAGAAUUAAGAAAUAAGGCCCCUGGAUUUUUAUUACCAAAACCAAAAGUGUUCUCUUUCUGUGCGAGGUAGGUUCCUUUCGACUUGGGUGAUUGGCCUCAGCCUGUUAGAGCCAUGCCACCCUCUGGACAGAGGAGGGGCCUCUCAGACCGUCCCACAUGAAGUGACUCCACUCUUCUGCAUCCCCACCCUUGCUCCGCACUUUGUUUUUCCAUGGCACUCUAGCAGACUGUAUAUUUGGAUUGUAGCUCCUGUCCCCUGCUAGGAUGUAUGCCCCCCAGGGGGGCGGGGUCCAUCCCCCAUUUGGUGCUGUGUGGACAGUGCCUGGUGUGCACUGCUCAAUCAGGAACUGUCGAGUGAGUGAUGGUUGAGGCAAACAGCAGUUCCUUCUUACGAGAACGCAUAGCUUGUGCUCUCCGGGGCCCUGUGCUCAGUCCUUUGGGAAGGAGAACCAGGCUAGCGGUGUUGGGAGCAGCAGGAGGGGAGGGACCAGGUGAUGGCCUCCGGAGGCUGAUGGAGAGGAGAAAGGCAAAGCCGAUGACUGAGGAACCCAAGUGACAGGAGGACCGGUGAAGGCAUAACUUGAGAGAGGAGGAGGUAUUUUGAGAGGAAGAGAGAUCCAGAGUUUGGAUGUGGACACAUUAGACUGGAGUUGCCUGAGAGUAACUGGGGCAGAGGUUCACCAGCCAGCUGGGAGCCUGGGAGUGGGCAGGAGAGGAAAUGGGUUGAAGCUGUGGGAGUGAGCAGUGUGGCCAAGAGCGGACAGGAGGGGUGCGGACACAGCCUGUGGGCAGGGGGAGGGAGAGGAGACUGUGGAGCAACCUCACCUCAAGGAAGGGGCCUUUAGGGUAGAGACCAAGGGGCAGGGGACUAAGAAGGCGUGGCUGUUGAGCUCACAGUUGUUCCCAAGUGAGGCAGCGCAACUAGGGAACUUGAAGGAUGAUUCCAGCCAAGUGGCAAGGCGGUCAUGUAGGAGUGAGUGAGGGUUACAGCCCUGCCCUGGGAUGCCCAGAUCCUGCAGAAGGUCAGUGUCUGCAGCCAGAAAAGCAGGAACCAGGUACUCCUGCCCCGGGGGGUGUUGGGGGUUAACAGAGAACUCCUGUAGACCAUGAAGGGCCCCCUAAACUCAGACUGCUGUCAUUGUGGGGUGUUUGGCAGACGGAGUGGCAGAAGAUGCAGGAAGCCAGGAGGUUUUGCGGUGCUGGGAGGGAAGCCAGGAUGGGCCUCCUGAGAGAGGCUGCUGGCCUGGCCCAGAGGUAGAAAAACUGGGGGAGGCUCUGGAAAGCAAAGCUUUUCGUAUAAUGAGGAGCAAACUUCUCUGAUUGGUAGGAUGUGAAGUGUGGGAGAUACAGCCCGCGGCUCCCUCCCAGUCUGCAGGGAAGAUGAGAG